AUCUCAAAAGUAAAAGGUUAAAAAGCAUCCAGCAGCUAAGCUUGAAUCAGUUCACUUGAGCUUGACGUUCAGUAGAGCAACUUCGACUAAUCAUCUUCGAUGGCAGUUUUGGUGACAACUUGUUGCUGUGGCUGCAGCCUCCGUGCAGGUGUUGUGAUUCUCGGAAUCUUUGGCCUGAUUGCAUCAUCUUAUUCAAUUUAUCAAAGCAGUCAGUCCAUCGAAUUUUACAAGCAUAUAGAGGAGAACGCUUACGAAAUUAGCCAAGAUUUACCUUUCAGCGAAGAACAUUUACUGGCGAUUGUCAGAUUGGCUUACGUUUCUCUUGCAUUCGGAGUCAUCUCACUGUUGGUGAACCUGUUGCUUCUGUUAUCCAGCUCAGGUUACCGGUGUUUGGCAUUUCCUUGGCUUGGGUGGAGCAUCUUCGAGCUCUUUUUCAGUUUUGGAGUGAUCAUAUUUUACAUUGCCAUCUGCAAUGGGUUUGCCAUCUUCGUGUUUAUUUACGUCAUUGCAUGGUUGCUGUCGAUCUACUUCAUCAUGGUGGUGUAUUCGUACAUCGAAGCCCUUCGUGAAGAUCCUUCGGGAACGAGUGCAGGAUUUUCUCCCCCUCUGACAGGCGGUAACCAAACCCAGAUGGCUGGAAUGUCACCCCCUCCAUACGCAGUAUCCCAGAAAUUCACUGUGUAAAUUCAGGAGAACAUUGUGACUGUCCCAAGAGAUGACUGAUCAUCGUUUUAAUUUGGGCAUGAAACUGUUAGAGAGGCUGCCUAACUUUAACUGAGUAUAACUGUGGAGAAUAUUUUAUUCUGAUUGAAAGCGAGUAGGAUUAAGAGAUCGGUCAUUAUUUAUCGUCUGUGGGUGGGUCA